AUGGUCAUUCGACCCCCUCCUCAUCAUCUUGAUUCAAACAUUGGUGGCCCACAAAUGGUCAUUCCACCACCUCCACCCUACAAAUUUCCACAAUCGGACGUCGGCGGGCCUCAAAUGGUCAUUCCACCCCCUCCACCACACCAUCAUCUUGAUUUGGACAUUGGUGGCCCUCAAAUGGUCAUCCCACCAUCUCCACCGCACAAACAUCCACAACCUGAUGUCGGCGGCCCUCAAAUGGUUAUCCCACCUCCUCCACCGGACAAACUUCCACAAUCCAAUGUUGGCGGGCCUCAAAUGGUCAUUCCACCCCCUCCACCACACCAUCAUCUUGAUUCUGAUGUUGGCGGCCCUCAAAUGGUUGUUCCCCCUCCUCCACCACAUCACAUUCGCCUUUAG